AUGGAAAAUUCGAUUUGCGGAAACGAGGUGACUUCUUCAACUGACCAAGAGCCCAAAGUUUUUGAAAUUGAGAGCAUCGCGCAGCACGAAACAGUUAGGAAGCUGAAAUCUGAAAAAAAUAAGAGCAGUUCAAGUAGCGAACUGAAAGAGCAAGCUGAACCAUCUUCCUCUGAAAAUUGUCAGCUAACUGAAGCCAGCUCUUCAAGGCCAAAACGCGAAAAAUCAAUUAAGAGAUUUGAGCGGAAAGUUGAACGACAGCGAGAAUCAUUAAAGCGAAAGCGAGUAAAAUUGGAGGAAGCAAAUAUGGCCUUCCAAAAAGCGUUGAAGAAUAUGCAUUCCCUUCAAGAUAAGGUGGCGAAUCAUGUAAAAAAUGAGAAUUCACCCAACGAAGUUUUGCCUGAUGCUCCAGAGUAUGCCCCACCGGCUGAAAAUGUUCCACAUCAGAAUGUUUUACCAGCUCAGAACGCCUUACCAUCUCUGAAUCUCAUUCCUCCUCAAAACCAACAUCGUCCGAAUGUAUUAGCUUUCGAGAACGUUGUUCCGCGUCAUCUAUUUCCAGCUCCGAACAUAAUUCCGGGUCCAAAUAUCCAUCAGGGUCAGGAUGUUCCGCGGGAAAUCUUUCCACCACUUCCAAAUAUGAUUCCGCUUCAACACGGUUUUCCGGUUCAGAAUUUCAUGCCGAUGGGUGGAAUUCCUCGUAUGAACAUGAUUCGGAUUCAGCAAAUGGUCAGAGAGUGCAGAAAAAAUAUAGAAAUAUCUCAAAAUUAUGAAAAGUAUUUCUCGGAUAAAAUGAAAGAAAUGCUGUCGAGGCCAAUCGACUUCAAUAUCCAUGGCGAUAACGAUUUGCCUAAAAGGAGAAGGUCUGAGACACCACCAAUCAUCAAUUUGAAUUUCAGCGAAGCCGUUAACCGAGAGCCUGAAGAUAAAAUUUGGAAGAUUUCUGAACUACCGGUGGUGUUUAGCGGAAAUCAACCGUCUGCUUCAACCGUAUGCGAUUCUGUCUCAUUUCUAAAACGAGUCAGCGUUUGGAGAGGCGAUAUUUGCAAAUUGCAAGCUGACGCGAUUGUGAACUUCAACAAAGAUGGGAUUCUUGGCUCUGGAAAUCCAUGCAUUGAAAAAUGUGCAGGACCCGAAGAAAUGCAAUUGGAGAAGAAGAAUAAUUUAAUGGUUCACGGAGUUAUAAUCACUUCAGGAUGUCUAUUGAAGCAUGUGAAAAAAAUUCUUCAUGUGGACGAUUAUGGAACAUACGAAAGCUUUACCCAAGCGCUCGAAAUUGCUAGGAAGCUCGAUAUUAAGACAAUUGGAUUUUACUUCAUUCCGCCAAUGUACGAAUACCAUGAGGCAUAUUUGUCGAUUGCCAGAAGCUUGUCGGACUUUUUAGAGAAGGAUGAUACGGCAAUUAAGAAAUACCAAUUCACUAUGCCGAACCAUUGCUUACAGUUUGUUGAUCUUAGUUCUCCACAGUUGUACAAUCAGUCGCCAGUGAUGCCAGUACAAUCAAUUUACUGUCCAUGUCCCGACGCGAAGUUCGAGAUUGAUUCGGUUCAAAAUAUUAUUCGAAGCUCACUUACUAAUAUCGACCUUCUAAGCAUUAAAUUAAGCGAAAAUGCAAUGAGAAUCAAUGAGCUGGAGCAGUUUGUUGCUCAAAAUUACCAAACCAAAUACCCUGGUGAUUCUCAUGAAGAUUUUAAGUUCAUCGAUCAAAUUCAGGAUGAUCUUCGUACAGCGCUCUUGUAUAUGGAGAAGAUCAAUUUGAAAAUGAAAGCUAAAAUUUUGAGAAUUAAUGAGCUCGAGCAGGAAAAUAAGAAGAGCUCAAAUGUGGAGCCACAAGAAAAAGGCGAUGAGAGGGACAGAGAAGAGAACGACGAAAUAACGAAAGUUUCUGAUAUUCCGCCACUUCUAAACGAUGGGGACCAUUUCGUUUUCGCCCCAAUCGAUUAUAUAACAUUCCUUAAGAGGAUUUGCAUUUGGAAAGGCGACAUUUGCAAAUUGGAGGUUGAUGCCAUUGUGAAUUUUGAGAAAGGUGGUCCUGACGGCAACGGAAUUUUGGAAAUAGAACGAGCUGCCGGAUCGAGGGAAUUGCGCGAUGAAAAGAAGAGGAAUCUGAGGAUCCAUGGGGUGGUUGUGACCACCGCUGGAAAAAUUAAACAUGUUAAGCAUAUUAUUCAUAUUGAUGAUUCUGGAACACUUCGUGGAUACUCGAAAGCCGCGGAAAUGGCGAAAAGGCUAAAUGCUAGAACAAUUUUCACUCGCAUUGUUUUUGCCAACUUCACCGAUUUCAGCGUUUCCGUACAGAAGAUGAGCUUUGAAGAUGUCGCUGAGCAAGACGCGAGCUUUGAUAUUGAAAAAUAG